GCGAGAGCCGUCGCAGAAUAAAAACAGAACGCGUUCUUGCUUCUGUCCGCAUUAAACAUAGCAUUUCCACGUCAAACAGAUGGGUGAUAGCGUUGACGCGUCACUCCAGAUGAAAAUCAAGUCCCUUGCGGUUGCUUUUCUCGAAAGCCGAGGGUUUGCCUGAGAGCCCGUCUUCCUGGGUGGUUCAGAGGUUUCCCGGGAGUUUUCAGUCAUUUUCCCCGACCGCGCAACAUGCCUGCCGCGCUUGCAGAUACCAGCCAGAUUAUCUGCGAAGUUUGGGCCAGCAAUGUGGAAGAGGAAAUGAGGAAAAUCCGACAAAUUAUUCAGAGUUACAACUACAUCGCCAUGGACACGGAGUUCCCCGGCGUGGUGGUGCGGCCCAUCGGCGAGUUCAGGAGCACCGUUGACUACCAGUACCAGCUGCUGCGCUGCAACGUGGACCUGCUGAAGAUCAUCCAGCUGGGCCUCACCUUCAUGAACGAGAGCGGGGACUACCCGCCCGGGACCACCACCUGGCAGUUCAACUUCAAGUUCAACCUCACGGAGGACAUGUACUCUCAGGAUUCUAUAGAUCUUCUGCAGAACUCGGGGCUUCAGUUUAAGAAGCACGAGGAAGAGGGAAUCGACACACUUUACUUUGCCGAACUCCUGAUGACAUCUGGCUUAGUGCUGUGUGAAAAUGUCAAGUGGCUCUCCUUUCACAGCGGGUAUGACUUCGGCUACCUGGUGAAGCUCCUCACCGACGCCAGGCUGCCAGAGGAGGAGCACGAGUUCUUCCAGAUCCUGAACCUCUUCUUCCCUGCCAUCUACGACGUCAAGUACCUCAUGAAGAGCUGCAAGAACCUCAAGGGAGGGCUGCAGGAGGUGGCUGACCAGCUGGAGCUGAAGAGGAUCGGAAGGCAGCACCAAGCUGGCUCGGACUCUCUGCUCACUGGAAUGGCUUUCUUUCGAAUGAAAGAGCUGUUCUUCGAGGACAACAUCGACGACGCCAAGUACUGUGGGAGGCUGUACGGCCUCGGUUCCGGAUCGUCCCAGACCCAGAACGGCAGUGCCUGUGUGGCCCAGGAGGAGGCCAACAGCAAGCACUGACCCAAGGCAUGGCAGAGCCUCGGACAGACGCACUUCUUUUAUUUCAUUGAACACUUUUGUUAAAUAUACAUCUUUCUGCAGCCAAAAAAGGAUUUUCUGUAUAUAAGGCAUGAAUUCUCCAAGGACGUUGGUUUAUGUAGAAACCCUUUGUAUUGUUAAGUCUUUUACAGUUCAAGUAUUACAAUACAAGUUCUCAGCGAUACUACCGUUGGACCUUUCUAGCUAUGAAUUUGGCAUUGAAGUCCAUUUUUUACUUCAGCGGUGCAGUUCCCAAAUGUAUUAGACUUUUAUUUAUUUUUAAACGUGGGACCAGAGGCUGGGAGCUGUCGAAUUGUGAGAGGUACCGUUUUUUAAAUGCUCAAGACCGGUCGCCUUACAGAAUUUGCCAACAGAAGGUGACCUGACUCACAAAGGUGAUGAAGAUGACUUAUGAGUAUUAAAAAAAAAAAGUCAAACGGAUCACUGUUGGAUACUUUUAUCAUCAUGUUUGUAGAAAUUGUAAUAUUUUAAAUUUAUGCUGGAAAGGUAUGUAUAUUAAAUGUAAAAUUUCAAAGAGGCCGUUAUGUUUGACCAUUUCUCAGUGAGAUUUUAGACUUUAAGCUGAAUCAGUGGAGUUAGGAAAGGAAACGUCCGUUGCUUAAAUUCACUGGAACUUUUUUUAAGUUGCUUACAAUGAGCUCCUUUCAAUGGAUGGGUGUGAUUUAUAUUGUUUUUAAAUCGUUUAUUGUUUUAAAACGUUGUAUAUUAAAGUGUUUUGUACAAAAGGAA